GCCAGGAUGUAUGAGUAUCACUCAGUGUUCAUCUGAUGUCAUUCAUUGGCUGAGAAGAGACUGACGCAGGCAAUGCCAACAUGAAAGCACCCAUCAUGAGCGCGCGAAAGAACAGACACCAUCCCCCCUGGAAGUACAUACAUGCCGCGGACCAAACGCAUCAAGACAUCAAGAGCUGAGCUCCGUAUACACAGAUGAGGGAAGUGCUGCCGCAACCAAGACAGAACCAGAGACAAACGCACGGAGAAAACAACACCUCUUCCUUUCCCUCUCCCUUCCCUUGCAACCCGAGAAGCCUACACCCGCCACUACGUCUGCUCGAGGUUCUCCUCCUCCCCAUCACCACCUACAAUGCCAUCCAUGUAGGCAAUGACCUCGUCGAUCGACGCCCUCCGCCUCUUAUUGGGCACGCACAUCUUGUCCCACAGCGCCCUGGCCACCGCCAUGUCCACCCUCUCCUCAUCCGUCAGCCCACCCACACCCUCGAUCCUGUCCAGCAGGUCCAGCAGCCGCUGGUGGCGCUCGCGCGCCUCGCGGUCACAGGUCUGCAGAAAGCGCUCACGGGAGUACUUGCCCGUCGCCUUGUCGCCCCAUUGCUCCGGGAUGGUCACAAAGAUGUCCGCCAGCUCGUUGCCCUCCUUCUCCUGACCCGCCUGGAGGGCAGACAUGUCCUCCCGCAGGGCAGACAGACCGGCCAGAGCGAGAAACAACACACCUACUGCGGCGGCAUAGGUGUCGCGCGACUGAGGGGAGACAAUCCACGCACACAGAGAGAGAAACGAUGACAGCAGGAUGGAUGCCUGCUGGGGUCAUCUUGUCUGCACCUGGUCAUCCGGCGAGCCCAUCAUGCCCCAGUCGCUUUCGGCGAUCUCCCUGAAGGCCUCAGGCGGCAAACACUGGAUGGGCGGGAUCGUCCGCGGCGCCGACCGGAAGUUGCCCCCACCCACCAGCACCUGAACGCUCUGAUAGUCGAUGAUUCGCGGCCUCAGCAGCGAAUCGUACACAAAGUUGUUGUCGUUCAUGUCGUUGUGGAUCAGCAGACGGAAGCCAGCGACAGAGCUAUCCUUCUCCCUGAUGUACGGUGGCGACGAGCAUGUGGCGGAGGGCGGGAGGAACUUGUGAGUAGGGUGGAUGUUGCAGCCCGAGCUGGAGGGCGACUUGACCCCGUCGUGUGUCGCGUGGAAGGCUUUGGUGGCCGCCAGGGUGUCGCGGAUCACCUGCCGAUAUCGGGCGGGCGAGAGGGCCGAUGGGCCGCCGGCUGCUCGAGCAGCCGUGAGGCCGUGGAGAGUGGCCCCUGUCUGGCCCUCCGGCGAGCCUGCAACACACAGCCAACACAGUGGAGCAUUUCUGUGCUCGGUGUUUCGUGUCCCAUCCUUCCUUACGUAUGUGCUCCAGCAGCAGAAAUGGCCCGCCCAACUCGAUGUCAUCCAACCCAUUCGCCUCCUCGCCGUCACUGUUGAGACCUCCCCCCUUCAGCAGCCGCAGUGCGAAGGGCAGGCCGCUAUCUCGGCGAUCGCCCGCUGCCCCACUGUCGGCUUCUGCGGUUGCUUUGCGCUUCUCGCGUCGCGUGAGGAGCAGGCGGCCCCUCUCAUAAAGCACAGGUCCGAUGGGGCAACCGUUGUUCUCCGUGGUGAAGCGGAAAAGUAGCUCCCCCUCGUCCUCGAGCUCCUGAGUCAGCACCUCCUUUGUGCAGCAGUUGUGGGGGUCUUCCUGGAGGGAGGCGGGGGUGAGGGUUUUGAGCAGGACGUCGGCUGGUCCUUUGCUGGUGUCGAUGGUGCCCUCGAUGUAGAUGAACUCGUCAUUUUUGUGCACGUAGCGGCCGGAGCACCGCAGCGUGUCUAGAAGAGGGUAGGGCGUGCUGCUCCAUGAAGGCUGGGGAGGCUGGAAGUGUGUGUGCGGGGCCAUACCGUCAGUUGCCUGGAAUGAGUGGAAAGAAAGCACCUCGUUUCAUCCAUCCUGCGUCCACAUAGU